AUGAGGACGUUGAGUGUAUUUGUUCUGAUAUAUCUGGUGCUUGGCUGCAAUGCUUACACUCCUUUGCCAGCUCCAUUUAACGAGGAAUGUGUGAUUGAGAAAGGCAAGAAUCUUUACAAUCCUGCCAAUGCUGGGAAGAUCAAAUGGUAGGGUAGUGAAUCUUUGAUCUCAAAUAAAUGUGUUGUCUUUGUUUUAUUUGUUGCUUUUAGGUAUACUGUAGAUCUGGAUGCCCCUCCAGAGACUCAUUUCCAGCAGAUCGCUCAGGAAUAUAAACAAGAGAUAAGGGAUUUGAUCGGGGUCAUCAAGGAUCUGAUUGUCCCAGUGAUCCCGGCAGCCCUCGAGAUUGUGGAUGUUCUGUUCAAGGACCUUCUCAAAUGGAUUCCAGAACCUUACAAUUCUGAAAUUAUUGCAAGUUAACGUUAUUAAAGAGGGUUUUGUCUAUUAAUGGUGACUUGGGACGAAAGAUUUAGCAGUUCUAAAUACCAUUAAAGUUUGGAUUUAGGGUGUGGCCAAUGUAACUGGACUUCCGGUUGGAGAAGUUGUUCUGUACAAUGUCUUCUAUGAGGUCUUCACCGUGUGCACUUCAAUUGUUGCACAACAACCCGAUGGUCGUCUGAUCCAUGCUCGUAAUCUGGACUUUGGUCUUUUCUUGGGAUGGAAUCCACGACUUCAUGAGUGGUCCAUUUCCACGGUUCUCAGGAAGAUGAUUGUCAACAUCAACUGGGUGAAGGAUGGUAAGAAGGAAGCCAGUUGCAACGUUGAAUUGCAGGGAAAUUGUUGUACAAGACCAAUAACUUUGCCGGAUUUGUUGGGGUUUACAACGGACUCAAGCCCAAUAAGUUCACUAUUACUGCAAAUGAACGGUUUAUGCCUGCUGGCGGUCUUUACGGAAUGCUCAGAUAUAUUCUGGGACUGGACAAAGAGUCCAAUUGGAUGACCUGGCAUGUCAGAGAGACAUUGGAAAAGGCAAAUGGUGAGUAUUAUAUUAUUAAAGAUUACUUGUGGAUGCAUCCUCGUAGAUUACGAAGAAGCGAAGACCUUGCUGUCCACUCAAACAAUCAUGUCCCCUGUAUAUUACAUCUUGGGAGGAGCCAAGCCAUUCGAAGCUUCGAUUAUCACCAGAUCCAUCAACGAAACAGAUAUCCUCACAGAAAUGAACCCCAAUGACCCUGAGGGAUGGUAUCUUUUGCAAACCAAUUAUGAUCCGGGAACUGACGUAAGCCAUGAACUUUUAUACAUUUUUUACGACCAUGAUUGGUCCUUAUAUCGAGAAAAAUUAAUUUAGAUUAUCUUUAUCGAUGAUCGUGAUACCCCUGGACGGCAUUGUAUGCAUGUUCUUGGUCAGAAAAAUGUCGGAUUCAAGGGGAUCUACAACGUCCUUUCAUCACAGACUAGUCUCAACAAGUUGACAACUUAUACAGGUAAAAAAGAUCCAAUCAAAAUGUAAUCCACAACGUUUUCUUUAGUAUUGAUGGAAGUUCACAGUGGUCAAUUUGAAACUCAUUUGCAACGAUGCCCGGGUUACUGUUGGGGAUGGUAAAAUGCCAAAGCAAAAAUUUUCUUUCUCCGAUUUUUCUUAUUCUGUUUUUUUAUUCGGAAAAGUAAAUUUUUUUAUCUCGAAUUCGUUGAGUUAUCGUGUAAUGGAAGGUGCAGAUCAUCUCGGCCUUGACAUCUCGGGCAAAAAUUUCUUCUCCCAGAUUGGUCUAGCUGUGGGAGCAGUGGCCAUUGAUAAAAGAGACCCCUGGCCUGCUUCUCAAUGGGCCUAUUUCAAUGGUAAGAUUUCUAGGCUGUUAUGCUGAACCUAACUAGAACUUGAACGAUCAGUUUUUUAAUUUUUUUGACCUGAUUUCGGGUUCUUGCUAAAUUUUUGCCUGAUAUAAUUUUAUACUUAUUCAGUGGAAACCUUGCGGAAAGGAGAAUUUGGAAAUGUAUCCUUGGUACAGACUAAAAUUAACCAUCCAAUGAGUGGAAUUGACAUAAAAAGGUGUAUUCUGAAGACAAUCAACUUAGAAAAGCAGUUCAAGAAGAUUGUCCAUGAAGCUGGAACCUCCGAGGAUAAUAAAUCUACAGCUCUUUCAAGGGUUAUGCGCUUGCUACGGCGAACUGUCAUGGAUUUAUAUGUUAUUGGCAGGUGAGUGAGCUUAUGCUUGUAUUGAAAGACUCGUUUAGAUGCCGACAUCAGAAUAUUCUACAUGCCCAUUCUGUUUUCCUCAAUGAGGGGAACCUUAUGAUUGCCAUGCCGAGGUUCCAUGUUCUACAAGAUUUGAUCGAAGAUUAUCGACAGGCUGUUAAGAACGACGUAGGCAUACUUUUUGUUGGAAUUGUUGUUCGCAUCGAAACUAACGUCGUAAUUGCAGCCGAUCUCCAUGACCAUCAUUGCUCCGAUUAUUCGUCAACUUUGCCAAGCACUGGAUUUUCUCCAGAAGAUCGGGAUUAUUCAUCGAGACGUCCAACCAAAUAAUGUUCUUUUGACCAGGAAUGGGACCGCCAAGCUGUGUCACUUUGGGCAAUCCAAAGUCUUAUCCUCCAAAAAACACUUCGAAGAAUGCAAAACUCCCGUCGGCAAAGAAGAGUUUAUGUGUGCUGAGAAGGUAGGUGCUUUAAAUUUCUUAGGAUUGAUUGUAUAAUAUUGGACUUUCAGUUGUGUAAUUUGGUCGCUUUUGGUUUGGAAAAUUGUCGUUCCUAUGAUUAUGCUGCCGACAUCUGGUCGCUUGGUGUUAUGAUAUUGUCCAUGGUCAGUUAUUUUCCUAAUGAAAGUCAUCAUCGACUCCAUCGGAACUUCGCCUUGAUAAUGGAAGAAGAACAAGCGUCUUUUAUAUGGCUAACUGCCGAGAUGGUGGUAUGUUAUUUUUCCUCUCUUAUGUUUUAAAUCCUAACAUUUUCAGCAACUUCGUGCUAGGCUUCUCAAGAGUGGAGGCAAUGAGUUGAAGUCAUUCCUCAGCGAUUUUCUCCUUAAUCCAAACUCCCAAAAAAGGCCGGUUGCCGAGGAAUUGAUUAAUCAUCCCAAACUGUUGAGCUGGUGUUCUGACACUAUCGAAAAGGACAAAGCCACCAUCAAAAAGUUGUUCAUCGACAGAGUGGACUUUGCGAACAAGUCGAAAAUUCAGAGGGACGGAAUGAAUUUUGAUUUUCUCGAAUGCGUAAGGUUAAUAUUGUUGUAUGAAAUGUCUUUAGAAAGACAUUCCCGCAGAAUUCUAUUGGAACGAUGACUGGAAACGACACGACUCUGAAUGUUUCUCCGUGACUAUUGUUAAGGGGUACCAGCAAUUGAUAAAGUAAGCAAAAUGAAAUUAAACAGUUUAUUUAUUUUAGUACCGAAUUCAGAUAUUUCAACCCAGAUCAAUUACUGUCCCCGUUGUUUCAACUUGUUGAGUCCGGGUCUAUCUGUUUUGGAGAUUUGAUUCCAAUCAGAGCUCUGAUUGAUGACAUGACUUUUGAUUUGAUUCGAACUGGAAGAGUGAAUACUCAGAGAGAUGGAAACAGUAGUAUUGGUAUGCUUUUAGGGCAUUUUGGGCGAUAAGUCAUCUAUUUUUAGAAAAAAAAUAUUCUCCCCACCUUGGAUGCGAUGUAAAUGAGCCAUCAGAAUUGGUAGUACGAGUCGGAUUCGGAUCGCUAACAGAAGAAGAAGAGACUGCGCUCACCGGUGAAUCUUUCGAAUCUUAUUAAUCUAAAUAGGAAAAAAUGCGAAUACUCUUGUAAAUAUAUUUCAUCAAUUUCUUAACAUAUCACCGUGUCCUAAAAUGUUCAUAAAAUUUUUUAUCGAUCUAGCUACAAGUCGUUUAUUUACUUGAUCGCUAACUCGGCUCAUUCCAAUUCCCAAAAAACCCGCUCCAUAUUUUCAGUUCCUAUUCUCGAGGCGGCAUGCCUUUGAAAACGAAUUGUUCGUGAACGAAAGUGAAUAAUUAAUUGGCUCGCCCCAAGGUGAGAAGUGAUUGUUGAUGGAGAAAUCGGUGUCAUUUCCUCGGCGGAGAGAGUUAAGACGCCCUCCCCAAAAGGGUCAGGUCAAAUUCCUUGAAAGGAGAGUUGAAUGGGGAAUGUUCGCCGAGAGAGCGCCGGCAAUCGGUUAAAGGUGUGGUGAUUGGGGCUGAUCCAUCUCGUUCCAAAAGUCCGUUAUCUCAACCAUCUCGAGACUCUGCGGCAUCCCAAAAAUCUGCUAGAGAUACGGGGCGCGUCUUUCGAGACUCUCGACAUCAGCGGGAAACCGAAUUCUCGGUUCAGGUGUGGUUGUUAUGAAGACGUUCUUUUUUUUCUCCGGUCUUCUGGCCUUCUCGGCUCAGGCCUCCUUGUUUUGUCCUUAUACCGUAUACCCGACUCAAGAAAAUGACAUGGGUAAGUUUAAAAAUUUAUUCCGAACUAAUUGUUCCCGCUUAUAAAUUACGGAUUUUAGUCACCGCUACCAUCCAGGCCAAGCAAAUAUCCGAUAAUAAUCUGUAUUAUCGUAUUACGGACAAUGAAUCGGACCCAUCUUACAAGAGACUUUCCAGUCAUUUCAAGUUGAUGACUGUCAGGGAUAACAACGAAUGUCCAUUUAGAGGAUGCAUGGUAGAACUGAGCCCAGCCGAGCCCAAGAAUCAUCAGACCAGGCUUUACCAGACAAGUGUGAUCGGAAAGAUGAUUCCUCCUGGAUUCUUCCCCAUCGAAGUCAGCCAAAGACUUUACUGUGUUCUCACCGACGGAGAUUGUGGGGCCACUGUUCCUCUUUAUCGUCAUUAUAAAGUCACUCCUCAAGGCAUUUGUGAGCCUUCACCACUUAAAUAAUAUACUUUUAUAGUCCAUGCUUAUACAAUUGAUCCCUCUGAGAUCAUUGAAGGAUAUAUCAAGGAGUCGACCCCAUUGUGUUAUGUUUGGGCAAGGAACAAGGCCACCGUCGCUUAUGAUAAACCAACCAUCUUACCUCCCCUUGAGAAGAUCAUUCCCAAGGUGAAAGUAGUCAGCCAUGAACGAGAAUUCGAUCCCAACAGUCAAGAAGACAACACUUUGUUGGACAUCGAUGAACUCUGUGCUCAUGACAACAGAAAGAGCGUGGACAGUUCCAUGAAAGAACUGAUCCAAUUCUACAACAAUCAGGAGGGACUUAACAAAGAUCAUCUCUACACGGUCAAAAGGAAGGUUAAGGGAUACAAAAAAGAGGUAAUUAGGAGAACUAAGGUACAGAACAAAGUUUAGCAAGUGCUUGGAAAAGUUGUGACGAAUAUCAAGAAAUCUGGAUGCAGAUGUCUAGUGCAAUUAGCUCAGAUGAAGUUCGAGAGACAGUCAGGAUUACGUAAGUCGGAUGAUUUAAUCGGAAUGAGAACGCCUUUUAGCUGGUCUAGACCACAAAUUGGUCCGAGAAAAGAUGGAACCAGCCUCUCUGGACCAAUACUUCUUGACUGGAGAACAAUUUUAUUGUGCUCCCCAACAAGGAGAGUGUGGAGCCACAGUCCCUUUAAGAAAAUGGUACAACUUUGCGGAUGCAGGUGAGAUAUUAUCAGUAAUAAGAUAAAUUAAUAUUAUUACGUCUGAUGACCAUCUCCAUUUUUCAGAUUCCAUGAUUACAGCGGAUUCCGAGAUUCCUCCUCCGAUGACUGCUCCCUUCCCACCAGAAAUAUUAUGCUGGAUUUGGCCUAAAGAUUAUCGCCAAGACUCCACGGAAUAUGAAGUGGAGGAAGAAGGUCUUCAUCCAGUCACUUUGCCUAAGAAAUCGUCCGAAAGUGAAAGCCAAGAAGCAGAAAUCGAAGGGUCGGGUUCGGGAGAAGAGACAAAAGAAAUUCAGAAAAGCCCGAAGGGUAGAAAGGAUGGAAAAAAAGUACUCCACUUCCAAGAGUCGUAG